AUGGCUGAUCGUUACUCUUUCUCUUUGACCACUUUCUCCCCUAGUGGAAAGCUGGUCCAAAUUGAAUAUGCUCUAAAUGCCGUCAACCAGGGUGUAACGGCCCUUGGUAUCAAAGCUACCAACGGAAUCGUCCUCGCCACCGAGAAGAAGUCCUCGUCGCCUCUGAUCGACCCCCCCUCCCUCUCCAAGAUCUCCCUGAUCACGCCCGACAUCGGCAUGGUCUACGCCGGCAUGGGCCCGGACUACCGGGUGCUGGUCGACAAGGCCCGCAAGGUCUCGCACACGGGCUACAAGCGCAUCUACAACGAAUACCCUCCCACCCGUAUAUUAGUGCAGGACGUCGCCCGGGUCGUACAAGAGGCGACGCAGUCCGGGGGUGUCCGACCGUACGGUGUCAGCCUGCUGAUUGCGGGCUGGGACGAGGGCAUCGAGCCCGAGACCGGCGAUGCCCAGCACGGCGACGAGGAGAAGGAGGGCGAGCCCAAGAAGGCGACCGGCAAGACGGGCGGCAUCCUGAAGGGCGGCCCCAGCCUGUACCAGGUCGACCCCAGCGGCAGCUACUACCCGUGGAAGGCCACGGCCAUCGGCAAGCACGCCACCAGCGCCAAGACCUUCCUCGAGAAGCGCUACACCGAGGGCCUGGAGCUCGAGGAUGCCAUUCACAUUGCCCUGCUGACUCUGAAGGAGACCAUUGAGGGCGAGAUGAACGGGGACACGAUAGAGAUUGGUAGGUUUUCUGCGUUUGUGGGACAAGGUUUCAAGCUGACGUUUUUGUUUACAGGUAUUGUUGGACCUCCUGCCGAUCACUUGCUGGGCUUUGAGGGCGUCGAGGGCGCGCGGGGACCCCGUUUCAGGAAGUUGACCAAAGAGGAGAUCGAGGACUAUCUGACCAACCUAUAA